AUGACUGGAAAGAUUAUUCCCUAUAAAAAUAUACCUGGUUAUAAUCUGUUAUUGCCACCUGAGGAGCGAACUAUAAAAUCAUAUGUUGACUAUGUUUUGAGACCUGAAUAUGAAAAACCAGAAACACAAGAACUUCAAGUGGAAGAUCUGUUGAAAAUAGUAGAAGAUGAUGUUGAAACUGUUUACGCAAAAUAUCAUGAUGGUGUUAAAACAGUUUGGUUUCCUAUGAUAAAUUUUGUUCAUCAUUAUAAUGUCUUGAACAGUAUUAAAAAUGAAUUAUAUACAUUAGGUAUAACAAUGCCUUUAUGUAAAUUCAGUAGAGAAAUUGAUGAAAUUACUGCUGAGUUAAUAAAUAUCUUUAAAAAAGAAUAUUCUCAUCCAGAAGGCAUAUUCACUCGAAGAUUAGGAACAGUUCAAAUGGUCGAUAAAUCUAACAAGCAUUAUUUCAUUAAAUUAGACGUUUCUGUUUUAGAAAAAGAAAAAGAACACGACCAUUUUCAAGCAUCUAUUUUCCAUUUUAAGUAA